GCCGCGUGACCCAUUGCGCAGUGCACACAUCACGAUUUUUAUCGUUCUGUUUAUUUGUGAGUACCUACUGAGUACAAUAAUUACGAGCUUGGUUUCUUGAUUCUAUUCUUUUUUUACUCGUCCCGGAAAUAGGUGUUAUGGAAGACAUAAUCGAUAAUGACAUGCUGAUUUCAAUGGUGGAAGAAAGAACAUUGCUUUGGGACAAAAAUAGUCUAAUGUACAAAGAUAGAUAUGCCACGAGAAAAGCAUGGGCCGAAGUUUGUCGCAAGAUAUAUAAAGGUUACGAGGGCAUGUCGGAAAGGGAGAAGAGGGAAUUCGGGAAAGCAGUGACACGUAGAUGGACUAAUCUUCGCGAUGCGUACACGAAAUAUAAACGAAAGCUGAAGAGAACCAAAGAGCAAGGUUUGAAAAUAAAAAAAUAUGUGUACAACAAUCAAAUGAAAUUUCUGGCAAAAUUUUAUGAUUCAGAACAAUCUGCAGACGAGUUCGAUGCAAACAUAUCCGUGGACGUAAACGACAGCAAUGACGAGCUUUUGAUGCUGGCUGACAACGAGAAACUCGAUGUCAGUGAGGAGAGACACUCGGACAGACAAAAUGACAUGCCAGAGAGAAAUACUCAGAGAUUUAGUAAAAGAAAACGCCAACACCAAAAUAGCAAAGGCAAGAAAAAGAGAGUGCCAGACGAAAUUGAGUUGAAACUGUUGAAGGUACUUGAGGAGAAACCGGAUCCUCACAUAUCGUUUUUUCAAGGUGUGUUGCCACAUUUGCACAAAUACGACGACAACGAAGUUUUAGAAUUCCAAACGGGAGUUUUACGAUUGAUCUCUACAAUAGACGCGAAGAAAAAAGCAUCUUCGAAAAAUUCCCAACAGCCUUCGUCUUCAAAUUAUUUCAACUCGCCUUCCACUUCUGCGUUACAAUCUCGCGUGAAACUGCCGAGGCCUUCCCCAGAACCGUCGGAUUCGUCAGAGAAGUCGAUAGAUUUCGAUGUUUUGUGAUAGGUACUACAAAUUAACUGCUGCAAAAAUAUGAUAAAAUAUGUUACUUUGUAACAGACAGUGAAGGGUUUAAACUAUCAGAGUUGGCCUAAAUCGUUCUCAUUCUCAGAGACCUGGGCUAAGUAGUAGACAGACAAUGGGUUGUGAUGAUGAUCAGAUAUCUAUAAAAAAUAAUAAAGGCUAUCACCUAUUUUAACGCCCUAGUUUUUAUACCGUAA